CGGGGCCUCCGGGCGCACAGGCGCCGUCGCAGCCGCCUUCGUAGGCUUCUGGGGGCGGGGGCGGGGGCGGAGCCGACCUGAGGGAAGAUGGCGGCGCCCUUGUGGCAGGCGGCGCUGGGCGCCGGUCGGCGGUGGCGGUGCCUCAGCACCUCGGCCGCGCGGAGCCGCCGGGCCCCGCCGCUGGGGCCGAUGCCCAACGAGGACGUGGACGUGAGCAGCCUGGAGCGGCUGGAGAAGUACCGCAGCUUCGCCCGCUACCGGCGCCGCGCGGAGCAGGAGGCGCGCGCCCCGCGCUGGUGGCGGACCUACCGGGAGCACUUCGUGGCGGAGCCAGACCCCAGAGACAAGAUUGACAUCGGGCUGCCUCCACCCAAGGUCUGUCGGGCCCAGCAGCUGCUGGAGCGGAAGCAGGUUCUGCGGGAGCUGAAGGCCAACGUGGAGGAGGAGCGGGCCGCCCGCCACCGCACAGCGCGCAUCCCCCUGGAGGCCGUGCGGGCGGAGUGGGAGAGGACCUGUGGGCCCUACCACAAGCAGCGUCUGGCCGAGUACUAUGGCCUCUACCGAGACCUGUUCCACGGCGCCACCUUCGUGCCCCGCAUCCCCCUGCACGUGGCCUACGCCGUGGGUGAGGACGAAGUGAUGCCCGUGUACCACGGCAACGAGGUCACGCCCACGGAGGCUGCCCAGGCCCCAGAGGUGACUUAUGAGGCAGAUGAGGGCUCCCUGUGGACACUGCUGCUCACCAACUUGGAUGGACACCUGCUGGAGCCGGAUGCGGAGUACGUGCACUGGCUGGUCACCAACAUCCCAGGCCGCAGGGUGGCUGAGGGACAGGAGGCGUGUCCCUACCUGCCCCCCUUCCCUGCCCGGGGCUCUGGCUUCCACCGCUUUGCCUUCCUGCUCUUCAAGCAGGAGAAGCUAAUCGACUUCUCGGAGGAUACACGGCCCUCCCCCUGCUACCAGCUCGCCCAGCGGACCUUCCACACCUUUGAUUUCUACAAGAAGCACCAGGAAGCCAUGACUCCGGCCGGCCUGGCCUUCUUCCAGUGCCGCUGGGACGACUCGGUCACCCGCACCUUCCACCAGCUUCUGGAUAUGCGGGAGCCCGUGUUCGAGUUUGUGCGGCCACCCCCUUACCACCCCAAGCAGAAGCGCUUCCCCCACAAACAGCCCCUUCGCUACCUGGACCGCUACAGGGACAGUCAUGAACCCACCUAUGGCAUCUACUGAGCGGCCAGUCUGCCACCGCCUCAGAGGGCGGGCUGGGCCUGGGGCCCUCUGCCAGGCUCCGGGGCCAAGCUGUGGGCUCUGAGCCCUGUCUCAGGCGCCUCUGCUGGCAGGGUGGGUAUGAAUAAAGAUGAUUUCUGCUGUAGCCGGUCUGGUCUGUUCAAGGAGCAGCCAGGUUCCCCCCCACCCCAUGGUGUGCAUUGCUCCGUGGGCGGGAAGAGGGCUGCCUGCCACCCCAGGAAGUAACCCCUGUGAUCCGGUGGCGGAAGAUCCAGAAG